AAGAAAUUCCCUUUUUUGGUAUUUCUACACACGAAACACGAGAAACUCAUGGAAAAGCAAAAGGCUCCACAGGAAGCCAUAAAAGAUACAACUAUACAAAUAGGUCAACAUGUACGAGAUAUAGCACCGGCUAACGACUUACAAACAACACGAGAACCAGAGAUUCUAGGUUCCGAAGCAUCAACUGGUUAUCUUGGCCAGUACAUUAUUUUACUUGGUUACUUCCUGUUGCCUUUCUUGUUUCCCUUCCGUGUCGUUGUAGUCCAGCAAUACGAAAGAGCACUUCGAUUUCGUUUGGGUAGAAUGGUGCAAAUAGUUCCUCCUGGAGUAUAUUACGCUGUUCCUCUUGUUGACACUUUUCGAAAGGUUGACCUUCGCGUUCGAACAGUGGAAGUUCCCAGACAAUCAGUCAUUACGAGAGACGGAGUCUCAUGCAGUGUAGAUGCAGUUAUCUAUUACUCGGUAGUUAACGCCGCUGCAGCUAUUUGUAACGUGGCCUCUUACGCCAACUCAACUUUCCUGCUUGGUCAAACUACGUUGAGAAGUGUUCUGGGUCAAGUCGACCUGGAUACUUUACUGGCAAAAAGGGAUCAAAUAGGAGAGGAAAUGCGAAAGGUCCUUGAUAAAGAGACCGAAUCCUGGGGUAUACGAGUUAGUAACGUCGAGAUUCGUGACGUCGUUUUGCCUUCUGAUAUGAUACGCUUUAUGGCUAGUCAAGCUGAGGCUGAAAGAGAACGUCGGGCAAAAAUUAUUUCGGCUGAUGGCGAAUUUCAAUCGAGUCAAAAAUUAGCUGAAGCUGCAGCAGUAAUGCAACGUGAACCGAUGACGUUACAACUUCGUUAUCUUCAAACUCUGGCACAGAUUUCAGCGGAAAACAAUAGUACCAUAGUAUUCCCAUUACCUAUAGAUAUAUUUAAGGCACUGGCUCGGAACGCUGAAUCAUCUCCUGUAAGUAACGCCGUGCAUUGAGUUUUACUUGUUUUCUUUGAUACUCCUGUUUUUUUUGUUUGAAAUUGUUUUGUUUUCAACUUGUUAAACUUAAAUUUUUUUAAUAUGUGAACAGCAAAUGACCUAUAAGUACCGUAUCCAAUUUUUAAUGUUUUUAUUUUUUUCUGUAUGACUGAAUGAAUUACAAACAAGAGAGAGAAGAUUUCCACAGCAGUCUAGAUUUUGAUUUUCGAAUGUUUGUAUCUAGAAAGAAUAUAGUGGUAUCCAUAUGAAUGUCUCGAAUUGCUAAUAUAUUUACUGUUAGAAACAACUCCUAUCUCUUCGUCGCUAUUUUAUAAGUUUUAGAAUUUCACGUGGAGCUGAGAUGGUUGCAACUAAUAUAUACCAAAGAAUCGCUAACAAAUGUCCACUUUUACGAUGAUUCGCAUAAUAAUUUGUCUGAAUAUCAUAUCAUGACACUUGAUGUUACUACAUCGAACAAAGAAAAAUUUUCUCAAUUUUCUUCAGCCAUUAGAGUGGUUUUGAAACGAAUUCCUCAAGGGAGUAUUUUAUAAUGUUAAUGAUAGAUAAUAUACUGCCUGAGAGCAGGCAUUCUACGGACAGUGGACCGAAAUAAAAACUGUGAAUAUAACUCCGUGUUUCUUUUCUGGUCAAUACUUAUCGAAAUGUAGUGCAACAAGAUAAUACUCUUAAUAAGAUAAAAAGAAACAACAUUUA